GAUAGAAUAGAAUUUAGCGUCCAUGCCCAUAUAGAAGUACAAUUAAUAUUUAAAUAAAUAAUGGGAAAACCAAGGUGAGAGAAGCAUGCUGCUGUGCUCUGUUCAUGAUCUGGAUUGGCCUGGAUCUGCUGCUGCUGUGCCAUUUCUAUUCCUUGUAGUAUAAACAAUAAACAUGGGGUUUCCCCCUCUACAAUCCCAAAACUGAUUCAUCCCAUCUUCUUCCUCUUCCUCUUCUCUCCCUCUCCUGCUUCACUCUCUCUUCCUUCUCGCAGCAAUGCCUGCAGCUCUGAGCAUAAGCAGAAGCAGCAGCAUAAGCAUCUUAUCCUCCACCUUGUUGAUACUGUCAUUGAACUCUCUCUUCACCUACUUCCCCCUUGUCCACUCCAUUGAUGUCCAGGGCCAAGCCCUCUUGGCAUGGAAGGACAGCCUCAACUUCUCUGGGAAUGCGCUGGCCUCCUGGGACCCCUCGCACCCCACCCCGUGCAGGUGGUUCGGGAUCGCCUGUGACUCCAAGGGAGAUGUCAUUGAGGUGAGCUUAAAGUCGGUUGACCUGCAGGGCUCGCUGCCCUCGAAUUUCGCUCCCCUCAGGUCCCUCCGGACCCUCGUCCUUUCUUCCGCUAACCUCACUGGGACCAUCCCCAAGGAGCUCGGGGAGUACCGGGAACUCCGGUUUAUCGACUUCAGCGACAACUCUCUCACUGGGGGAAUCCCGGUGGAGAUAUGCGGGCUGAGCAAGCUGGAGAGCCUGGCCCUGAACUCGAAUUUCCUGGAAGGGGAGAUUCCUUCCGAUAUCGGGAACCUGUCGGACCUCACUAACCUGACGCUCUUCGACAACCAGCUCAGCGGAGAAGUUCCUAGAAGCAUCGGGGCACUGAGCAGGUUGCAGGUUUUCCGUGCAGGCGGGAACAAGAACCUUCAGGGUGAGCUGCCGGAGGAGAUUGGGAACUGCACCGACUUGGUCAUACUCGGCCUCGCGGAGACCAGCCUCUCGGGAAGCCUCCCAGCAUCGAUAGGGAAGCUGAGGAGGAUUCAGACUAUUGCAAUAUAUACGACCCUGAUAUCAGGUCCGAUUCCCGAAGAUAUCGGGGACUGCAGCGAGCUACAGAACCUGUACUUGUACCAGAAUUCCAUUUCCGGGUCGCUUCCCAAGAGAAUUGGGGAGCUCAGCAAGCUCCAGAGCGUGCUUCUGUGGCAGAAUGGCUUAGUCGGUCCAAUACCUGAAGUGCUCGGGAGCUGCAGCGAGCUCGUGGUCCUCGACCUGUCGGAGAAUCUCUUAACAGGCAGCAUCCCGAGGACGCUUGGGGACCUCUCCAAGCUCGAAGAGCUUCAGCUCAGUGUCAAUCAGUUGUCAGGUGCAAUUCCUGCUGAGAUCACCAACUGCACUGCGCUGACUCAUCUGGAAGUCGAUAAUAACGAUCUCUCCGGCGGAAUUCCAGAUUCAGUGGGGGAACUUAAGAGCUUGACUCUGUUCUUCGCGUGGCAGAACAGGCUCACAGGCGAAAUCCCCGGGAGCCUCUCGCAGUGUCAGAGUCUCCAGGCGCUCGAUCUCUCUUACAACAACAUCUCCGGUUCGAUCCCGAAGGAGAUAUUCGAAUUGAAAAACCUCACCAAGCUUCUAUUACUCUCCAAUGAUCUAUCUGGCUUCAUACCGCCCAAUAUAGGGAACUGCUCGGCCCUGUACCGCGUCCGGUUGAAUCGCAAUAGGCUCUCAGGCACCAUUCCUUCAGAGAUCGGAAAGCUUAAGAUCCUGAAUUUCCUCGAUCUCAGUGAAAACAGAUUCAUAGGGGGGAUUCCUCCAACAAUAGCAGGAUGCGAGAAAAUCGAGUUUGUUGAUCUGCAUUCAAAUGGUCUCACUGGUUCAUUCCCCAAUACGCUUCCGGUGAGCUUGCAGUUUGUGGACAUCUCAGACAAUAGGCUCACACGGGAGCUGAACCAGAGCAUCGGGUCACUAACCGAACUGUCGAAACUCAAUCUGGGGAAGAACCAAUUAUCAGGACCGAUCCCGGCGGAGAUCUUGUCCUGCAGGAAGCUUCAAAUGCUCGACCUUGGAAGCAAUUUCUUCUCGGGUGAAAUCCCGAAGGAACUGGGCCUAAUUUCGUCCCUUGAGAUCUCUCUCAAUCUCAGCCGCAACCAACUCACCGGCAAGAUACCGCCCCAGUUCUCCAGCCUCACCAGGCUAGGAACUCUCGACCUUUCCCACAAUAACCUCGAAGGAAACCUGCACAUACUCGCAGGCCUUCAGAACCUUGUCUCCCUCAAUAUCUCUUUCAAUGACUUCUCAGGAGAAUUGCCCAACACCCCAUUCUUCAAGAAGCUCCCUCUCAGCGAUCUCACAGGCAAUCGAGGCCUGUACAUCUCUGAUGAGUCCGGGGUCGUAACACCAGCGGACCCGGCCAGGGUGAAAUCAGCCUCAAAACUGCUAAUGUUGAUCCUUGUCAGUGCCAGUGUCGUGAUACUGCUGGUCACUAUCUACUUCUUACUCCGACAUCGCAUCUCGAGCAAAGACCUAUCAGAACAUGAGACAUGGCAGAUGACGCUAUACCAGAAGCUCGAAGUCUCGAUCGAUGACAUCAUUAAGAACCUUACAUCAUCCAAUGUCAUUGGUACCGGAAGCUCUGGGGUUGUCUACAGAGUGAUGAUCUCGAGCGGGGAGACGCUAGCAGUAAAGAAAAUGUGGUCAUCCGAGGAGUUGGGUGCAUUUGAUUCUGAGAUUCAGACCUUGGGUUCAAUCCGUCACAAGAACAUUAUUCGGCUCCUUGGCUGGUGCUCAAACCACAGCAUGAAACUGCUCUUUUACGACUACCUGCCCAAUGGAAGUCUUAGUUCGGUGCUCCAUGGCGCUGGGAAUACUGGGAAGCCAGGAGGAGGAGCAGAAUGGGAGGACAGGUACGACAUCGUGCUAGGAGUGGCGGAUGCACUAGCCUACUUGCACCAUGAUUGCGUGCCGGCAAUUCUACACGGGGAUGUCAAGGCCAUGAACGUCCUUUUGGGCCCAAGGAAUGAGCCCUAUCUCGCCGACUUCGGACUAGCACGGACCGUGAGCCCUGGCAAAGACCUCAUGAAGCCAAGCCAAAGACCUUAUCUUGCCGGUUCUUACGGCUACAUGGCUCCAGAGCAUGCGUCGACGCAAAAUAUCACAGAAAAGAGCGACGUGUACAGUUUCGGGGUGGUCCUUCUCGAGGUUUUAACGGGAAGGCACCCGUUGGACCCCACACUGCCAGGGGGGGCACACUUGGUCCAGUGGGUCCGUGACCACCUUGCUGCGAAGCGGGACCCAGCGGACAUACUAGACACAAAGCUGCAGGGGAGGGCGGAUCCCGCAAUGCACGAGAUGCUACAGACGCUCGCCGUCUCGUUCCUCUGCGUGAGCAUGAGACCCGACAACCGCCCGAUGAUGAAGGAUGUGGUCGCUAUGCUCAAGGAAAUCAGACACGUCGAGCCCACUAGGCCCGAGGCCGACUUCACCAAGGGUCUAAUACUGUCUCCACCCGUCCGUUCGUCGCCCCUGCCCCAGCCUCGGGAUAAUGCGGCUUCUCAGGGAUCGUCUAACUGCUCAUUCGCCUUCUCUGAUGAUUCAAUCUAAGCGAUUGGAAACGGCAUCUUAAUGUUAGGAAGCGUUCCUUCUGUGCAUAGUCAUCAUUUCCUACAGCCAACCAAUUAGAUUAUCAUAAUGUCCUCCUUUUCUUUAGCAAUUGCAAUUGCCACUGCAAUUCUCAGUCGAUGUAGACCAGAAUGGCCAACUAUUGAGCCGAAUCGACGAUGUAUCGUCACAAUCAACAACUACACUGAUGUAACAGUAAUAAUCACAAUGUUCCAGGGAUAAUCAUCAUCAGCACUCGGCAAAUGGGUGAUCGGGAAGUUUGGAUUCAUGUAAUUUAGAAUUUAAUGGGAGAAAUUAAAUUCUCUGUC